AUGUUGAAAAUGCAAUUCCAAUUGAAAUAUUUAAAAAAUGUUAUUAACAAUAGGAUUGAACAGAGAAAUAAUUAGAUCUUAUCAACGAAAAUACUAAUCUAGCAGAAUCCUCUUAUACUAACUUAGAAAAAUAAGUAUAAAUUGUAGAAGGAACAAUAUUAAAUGAAUGGAAUUAUGAGAAAAAAUCUUAUAUGGUGGAGUUGGAAAAGACCUAUCAUUGGUGGUAAUAUGUAAUGGAGGCUGUUAUCUAAAGAUCUAAUGAAGGUAUAGUAAAGAUUCAAUCAUUAAUUAAGUAAGAGUUUAAAUCUUAUUCUAGUAUUCAACCUAAUCAAUAAGAAGGCGAAGAAGAUUAAUAAUGGAGGAUCUUUAUGA